AUGUCCAGCUUCGGUGUGCACGGCCGUCUUACUAACCGCUGUAAGUCAGAGGAGCUGACCCGUGGCGUCCGUGGCGUCCUCUGCGCACCUCUCCGCCCCGAAAGCGUUUUCUUGCCAGGACUCCUGCUCCUCACUGACCGCCGGGGCCCCGGGAGCGCCCGCGCAGCUGUCGCCGCCCGCCCUGGCCGCAGCCAUUUUGGAAGGGUGCAGACAAAGGGCGAACCCCGCAGCCGGCUGCAGCGACCCACCCGGCACCGAGCGCCGCCGCUCUCCCCGCCCGGCUGCCAUUCCCACCAGCGCUCUAACAGCCGACCACCGGCCGCAGCCAAUCAGAGGCCACAGAGGCGCGGGCGGGGGCGGUGCGUGUCGGAGCGCCUGCGCACUAGGCCGCCCCUCCCCUCCCUGCGCGCCGCGCCCCCGCCCGCCCGCGCACCGCCCCCCGCCCGCCCCGCGCCCCGCUGGAACCUCCUCCUGCCCAGGCGCGCUCGGCCGAGCGGCGGCGGCGGCGGCGGCGAGGAGGAAAGAUGGCGGCGGCUCGGAUCUGCUGGACGAGGUCUUCUUCAACAGCGAGGUGGACGAGAAAGUGGGCCCGCGCCGGCGCCCGCCAAGCUGAGGCCGCCGCCCGAGGCCAGCGCGGGGCCCUGCCCCGUCGCCGCCGCCGCCGCCACCGCUGCCGCCGCCGCGGGGCCGGAUCCCGCCGCCGCCGCCCCGCCCGCCGGCCCCGGCGUCAAGCCCGGCCCGCCUGGCCCGCCCAGCCCCGGCGCCGCGCAAACUUUGAAUGGGAGCGCCGCGCCGCCCACCGCGCCGCACGCCGCACCUGCUGUCAGCCCGGUCAACAACGGGCCCGCGCCGCCGCCCGCCGCCGGCUCUGUCAUCCAGGCGGCCCCCGCGCCCGCCGCGCCCUCGCCGCCCGCCGCGCCCGCGCCCGCCGCGCCCCCGCCUCCCGCGCCCACAGCGCCCGUCGCGCCAGCCCGGCCGCGGCACCCCGCCGCGCCCGCGCCCCCCUGUCACCCGCUGCCGCCGCCGCCGCCGCCGCCGCCGCCCGCCGCGCAGAACGGGGCCGCUCGCCCCGCCGCGGCCUCCGGGGCGCCGCGCGGGGUUGGCCAGCCGGGCGCGGGCGCGCAGGGGGCUAAGGCCGAGGCGCCUAAGCCCGGACCGGGGCCCGGGCCGGGGCCGGCGGCGGCGGCGGCGGCGGCGGCGGGGUCGCGGGCGGGGGCGGCGGGCGGUGUGCUGCUUGGGCCCGCCAUGCCGGGCGCGCUGCCGGGCCUGCUCCCGGGACCCCCGCGGGCUGGCGAAGGGCGCGGCCGCGGCGACCCCAGCCUGCCUCGGACGCCGGCGGCCACCACCGGCGCUAUCCGGGCCACGCUGACGCCCACCGUGUUGGCCCCGCGCCUGCCGCAGCCGCCGCAGAACCCGACCAACAUCCAGAACUUCCAGCUGCCCCCAGGAAUGGUCCUCGUGCGGAGUGAGAAUGGGCAGUUGUUAAUGAUCCCUCAGCAGGCCCUGGCCCAGAUGCAGGCCCAUGCCCAGGCCCAGCCUCAGAGUACCAUGGCACCCCGUCCUGCAACCCCCACAGGUGCUCCACCUGUCCAGAUCUCCACCGUGCAGGCUCCAGGAACACCUAUUAUUGCACGGCAGGUGACCCCAACUACCAUAAUUAAGCAAGUGUCUCAGGCCCAGACGACGGUACAGCCCACUACAACCCUACAGCGCUCUCCCGGGGUACAGCCUCAGCUGGUUCUGGGUGGCUCCGCACAGCCAGCCUCACUUGGAACAGCCACAGCUGUUCAGACAGGGACACCUCAACGUACAGUCACCGGGGCCAGCACCACCUCCACAGCUGCCACGGAAACUAUGGAAAAUGUGAAAAAGUGCAAAAGUUUUCUAUCUACAUUAAUAAAGCUGGCUUCCUCUGGGAAACAGUCUACAGAGACAGCGGCUAAUGUGAAAGACCUAGUACAAAACUUACUGGAUGGGAAAAUCGAAGCAGAAGAUUUCACUAGCAGGUUAUAUCGAGAACUGAACUCUUCACCUCAGCCUUACCUUGUGCCUUUCCUGAAGAGGAGCUUACCUGCCUUGAGACAGCUGACCCCAGACUCCGCGGCCUUCAUCCAGCAGAGCCAGCAGCAGCAGCCGCCUGCCUCGCAGGCCACGACUGCACUGACGGCUGUGGUGCUGAGCAGCUCAGUGCAGCGCACAGCUGGGAAGACAGCUGCCUCGGUGACCAGCGCCCUCCAGCCCCCGGUCAUCAGCCUCACGCAGCCCACACAGGUUGGCGUUGGCAAGCAGGCACCGCCCACACCACUGGUGAUCCAGCAGCCCCCGAAGCCUGGAGCCUUGAUCCGGCCCCCGCAGGUGACCUUGACGCAGACACCCAUGGUCGCAUUGCGGCAGCCUCACAACCGGAUCAUGCUCACCACACCACAGCAGAUCCAACUGAACCAGCUGCAGCCAGUUCCUGUGGUGAAACCCACCGUGUUACCUGGAACCAAAGCCCUUUCUACUGUAUCUGCACAAGCAGCCGCUGCACAGAAAAACAAGCUCAAGGAGCCAGGGGGAGGCUCCUUUCGGGAUGAUGAUGACAUCAAUGAUGUUGCGUCAAUGGCUGGAGUGAACCUAUCUGAAGAAAGUGCAAGAAUAUUGGCCACAAACUCUGAGUUGGUGGGGACAUUGACCCGAUCCUGUAAAGACGACACCUUCCUCCUCCCCGCGCCUUUGCAGAGGAGGAUACUAGAAAUAGGUAAAAAGCACGGCAUCACGGAACUGCAUCCAGAUGUAGUGAGUUACGUGUCUCAUGCCACACAGCAAAGGCUGCAGAAUCUUGUAGAAAAGAUAUCUGAAACGGCUCAGCAGAAAAACUUCUCUUAUAAGGAUGACGACAGAUAUGAGCAAGCGAGCGAUGUCCGGGCGCAGCUCAAGUUCUUUGAGCAGUUGGAUCAGAUUGAAAAGCAGAGGAAAGAUGAGCAGGAGAGGGAGAUCUUGAUGCGGGCAGCAAAGUCUCGAUCCAGACAAGAAGACCCAGAGCAAUUAAGGUUGAAGCAGAAAGCAAAGGAGAUGCAGCAGCAGGAGCUGGCACAGAUGCGACAGCGAGACGCCAACCUCACUGCACUGGCAGCCAUCGGGCCCAGGAAGAAGAGGAAGGUGGACUGCGCUGGGCCAGGAUCGGGAGCAGAGGGCUCAGGCCCAGGCGCAGCAGUCCCAGGCGGCUCCGGCGUGGGAACCCCCAGACAGUUCACACGGCAAAGAAUCACGCGGGUCAACCUCAGGGACCUCAUAUUUUGUUUAGAAAAUGAGCGUGAGACAAGCCAUUCACUGUUGCUCUACAAAGCAUUCCUUAAGUAACAGGAUGAGCCGGCGUUUCUGAUGGGACGCUUGCGGACGUUUUUAUAUAUUUGCAGAUUACGCCUUUUUGUAACAAGCAAAUGGGAUAUUGUUUAAAAACAGCCACCUCUUUACAAUGGAGCAGUUUUAUACUCCUGUUUAUAAAUCAGCUCUUCAGUGCGGCAGAAACCGUGUCUGCAGCAGAGAGAACACAAAGGCCUGUGGAUGCUCUCACAGGACAGCUGACCCGAGCUCAUCCUCGGCUGAGUGGCCUUCUUGCCAAACAAGCCAUAUUUAAAGACUGAUGGAAGCGCUUAGCAAAUAAUUAGCAGUUGCUCAUCCUGUGUGCGUUUUGGUUCCGCUCACCCUGACUCACCCGCUAGGUGUCCGUCUACAGCCGAUGACCUCAUCUCUUAUUUUACGUUGUAGCAGUCAGUUGGCGAAGCAAACUGAUUUUUUAGACUAUUUAUCACCCCACCCCGCCCUGUCCCUUACCUCCCUUCUACAUGAAACUCCCCAGGAUCAUAACCUCCAAGCAGGGUCCCAUUUCUGCUAAUGGAGGCCGGGGUGCAGCACCUGUACAAAUAUGUUUUAUUUGCUGCAGUUUGGAAGCUGUAAAGUGGAAGGAAAUGAGAACCUUUUCAGCAUAAAUAUAUUUUACUUGCACUGUGUUUUUAGCUCAGAGUGAAGACUUAGAUGAAAUAAAAUCAGAGUUGAGAAGAAUCAACAGCAGACUGUUUCUCAGUGUGGAUCAAGUGUUGGAAAUGGUUGGUGUAUUUUGUCAGUAAUUGUACAUAAUUUUUGGCACAUAACAUAAGAUGGCUAUGUAAACUAUAAUUAUUUUGCUAAGAGACUGUAUGCAAGCUGUGGCCAACCUUACAGGCGUCCAGAGCAAAGCCCCUUCUUUGUACCUAUUUUUUUAUUACAAAUAUACUAAUUGGUUCUUUAUAUUUUCAGAGGUUAUUGUAUUAAAUUGUCUAUGAUAGUACUUUUAUGACUGUAAAUACUUGGCUUUCUCCGUGUGGAUUCUCAUGUUAGACUUCAAUUCGCACGUGUGAACUGAACGCUGAUCAGUAUUUUUUAUGACACCCAAGAACUGUUACACCUUUCAUUUUAUCUUUUAGGAAAUCCCCGUCUUUCCAUUUUUUCAUGUAAAUUUUGCACAGUUACUUGUUAAUAUGUAAAUAUUUUACUUUCAGAAAUGAAGUUUUUAAUUGCUAUUGUUUUAUAUAGGAUUGAAAGAAAAUUAACUCCUUUAUUAAAAACAAAUUUAUCUGUA